GGAUCCCCCGCUGACUCGAGCGAGCGGCACGCAGCUCCCGGAGCCUCCCGCAGCCCCGCUCCGGAGCCAUGAGCAGCGCCGUGCUCCUCGCCCACCUCCCGGACCCCGGCAGCAGCUUCAGGGAGGACGCGCCCCGACCCCCGGUGCCGGGGGAGGAGGGAGAGGCACCGCCAUGCCCGCAGCCCCACAGCUCCUUUCUCGCCAAAAGCCAAAGCUUCACGGCCAUGCCGGUGCCCGCUGCCCCGCGGAGGAAUGAGAACGGGCUGGGGGAGCCGGAGGGCAGCGCGUCCCCCGAUUCCCCGCUGGCCCGUUGGACCAAAUCCCUGCACUCCUUGUUGGGAGAUCAAGAUGGUGCCUAUCUCUUUCGGACCUUCUUGGAAAGGGAAAAAUGCGUGGAUACCUUAGACUUCUGGUUUGCCUGCAAUGGCUUCAGGCAGAUGGACCUUAAGGAUACCAAAACUUCAAGAGUAGCCAAAGCUAUCUACAAAAGGUACAUCGAGAACAACAGCAUCGUCUCCAAGCAGCUCAAGCCUGCUACCAAGACCUACAUAAGGGAUAGCAUCAAGAAGCAGCAGAUAGAUUCCAUCAUGUUUGAUCAGGCACAGACUGAGAUCCAGACUGUGAUGGAGGAAAAUGCGUACCAGAUGUUUUUAACUUCUGAUAUAUACCUCGAAUACGUACGGAGCGGAGGAGAGAACCCCGCUUACAUGAGCAGCAAUGGGCUGGGGAGCUUAAAAGUUGUCUGUGGCUAUCUGCCGACCUUGAACGAGGAGGAGGAAUGGAGCUGCGCCGACUUCAAAAGCAAAAUGCUGCCUUCAGUGGUUGGGCUGUCCAGCAAAACGCUGAGGGUUACAGCGAGCGUCAGAGCAACCGAGACAUUGGAGAAUGGGUACAGGUCCUUCAAGAGGAAUGAUCCCGUUAACCCCUACCACGUGAGUUCUGGCUAUGUCUUCGCCCCAGCAACCAGCGCCAACGACAGUGAAAUAUCCAGUGAUGCCCUGACAGAUGACUCCAUGUCGAUGACAGACAGCAGUGUAGAUGGGAUCCCCCCGUACAGAAUUGGGAGCAAGAAGCAGCUCCAGAGAGAGAUGCAUCGCAGCGUUAAGGCCAACGGUCAAGUUUCUCUACCUCAUUUUCCGAGGACCCACCGCCUUCCCAAGGAGAUGACCCCGGUGGAGCCGGCUGCCUUCGCUGCGGAGCUCAUUUCCCGGCUGGAGAAGCUGAAGCAGGAGCAAGAAACCAUGGACAGUCUGGAGGAGAGGCUGCAGCAAAUCAAGGAGGAUGAGGAGAAGGAAGGCUUGGAGCUCCCUGUCAGCCUGCAAAGCGGUCGGGAGAUGGUGAACCCCCAGCACCAGCAGCACCCGCUCUCGCUCCUGCCAUCUGGCAGCUACGAGGAGGACCCCCAGGCCAUCCUGGAUGAGCACCUCUCCCGUGUGCUGAAGACCCCCGGCUGCCAGUCGCCUGGCAUGGGCCGGCACAGCCCCCGCGCCCGCUCCCCUGACCACCUGCUGGGGGGUAAGCUGCAGCCCAGCACUGCCUCACCAGCCACCUGCGCCCUCCUGGGUAAGGGAUUUAUCACCAAGCAGACCACCAAGCAUGUCCACCACCACUAUAUCCACCAUCAUGCUGUGCCCAAGACGAAGGAGCAGAUCGAAGCGGAGGCAGCGCAGCGGGUGCAGUGCUGCUGCCCGUCAGGCAGCGACUACUACUGCUUCUCCAAGUGCAAGGGCCACACGAAGGGCAUUGACCCACCUCUCCCUCCACUGGAGCCCUUUGGCAGGACAGGCACGCUGACCAAGAGGCCAGGCCGAGGAGUGGAGAGCAUCACUCUGCUGCCCGGGGAAGGAGGGCUGCCUGGCCCCAGUGGGGUGCAGCUACCUGGCGGUGAGGCAGACCGGGCGCAGAACGUCUGGCAGUGGAUGCUGGAGAGCGAGAGACAAAAUAAGCACAAGCCCCAUAGCACACAAAGCACAAAGAAGGCCUACGGCUCCGACUUCGCCAAGGGGGCUCCCAGCGAGCGCCCCGGCCGCCACCACCCCUGGGGGCCCAGCAGCCACCCGCGCGGGGCGCAGCCUGCCCACCCCUUCAUCCAGGACCCCGCCAUGCCCCCGCUCACCCCGCCCAACACCCUGGCCCAGUUGGAGGAAGCGUGCCGCCGGCUCGCCGAAGUCUCCAAGCCUCAGAAGCAACGAUGCUCAACCUCAAAUCAGCAGAGGGAUCGAAACCACUCCACUGCUGUACAGGGGGGAAACACCCCUUUUUGCAAUGCAAGUCUAACGACAGAAGACCACAAAGAGCCAAAGAAACUCCCUGUUGUUCACACCUCUCAGUCUAGUGAGUUGGUUGUCACCUAUUUUUUUUGCGGAGAAGAAAUUCCCUACAGGAGGAUGUUAAAGGCCCAGAGCCUGACACUUGGGCACUUUAAAGAACAGCUGAGCAAAAAGGGAAAUUACAGAUACUACUUCAAAAAGGCAAGCGACGAGUUUGACUGCGGUGCAGUGUUUGAAGAGAUCUGGGAAGACGAAACAAUUCUGCCCAUGUACGAAGGAAGGAUUCUUGGGAAAGUAGAAAGGAUCGAUUGAUGGCAUCUGUGUUUCUUGAGAAAAUUUAAGCUAGGAAAAAAAAAAACAAAAAAGCCUUUGGACACACAACAGUAGUGAUGACAAGGAAAAAGAAAAAAAAGUUCUGAAGGAAAGUUUUGAACCAAUGAAGAAAAAAGUGAAGUCUAUGAAGACUUUGCUGAAUUAGCCUUAGAGGAAAAAAUGGCAUUUAUUAUUCAUGAGUUGGGUACUGAGAUGAUAAAAAACCCCGUACUAUUUAUUAAAAACAUGACCACUGUUGGCUAUUGGAGAUGCAGACCGUGUUUGAGAGACUUCCAUACAUAAUAUAUGAUUUCCCGGGGAUCUGAAAUCUACGGACUAAGAGAAACUAUGUAUAGCUUACCUUAACAGUAAUCCUUAUUGAUAUUUAUUGAACAGUCUGUUUUCCCUUAAGUCCAGUUUUUGGAUAUGCUGCUUUAACAAUGGAGAAGAGAGAGGGGCUGGGAAGUGGCGUGAUGGGAGGAAGGAUGAUUUUAUUUUUUUAUGCUGUUCCCACUGUCUAAAGCCUAGGAGUGUGGCCAGGAGCGCAUUCAUGAUUAUUUUUUUUUAUUUUUUAUUUUUUGAAGGGGGGGGAGGGAAGGAACAGCGUCAUGCCCAGUAUUUCUCUGAGCGAAGAGAAAACUUUUCUACAGAAACAAUAAUAAUAAAACCCGACAUUAAAAAUACUGUCCUACCAUUCAUCUUGAGACCGGUGCAUUUGAACAUAUGCUGCUCUGAUUGGAAAUAAAGGUCUUCAGCGCUCAGUCCGUUAGCUGCAACGUAACAACAGCAAUGCUGACCUGCUGUUUUGUCCGUGGGUUUCUGAGGGUUUUGCUGUGCUGCUGUCAGGGUUGAGGGUUCAGCAUGGUGUUCAGUGCCUGUGUUGAGGCGAGCUGGAGCAAAACCCGAGUGCAGGAGGGCUGUAAAGGAGCCAUCCAGUUCCCCUUGUUGUACAGAGCACACCUGAAGGACACAGCACAGAAACCACGUUAGAAACCCGCUUGUGUUCCACAUAGCUCAUCUUUUAGCCAUUCUACUUCAGUGUUGUUAGCACAACUUGUUUAUAUUUAAAGGACACAGACCUAUGGUGGGGUGUCUUUGCUGUGACGGUUGUGGAUUUGUAGAGGGGUUGGGGUGGUGGGUUUUUUUUGGGCCUUACCCUCACAGUGACCAUUGGAGCCAAUAGAGAUGUCAGCAAAGCUCCCUGCAGCCCUUUGCAAAGUUUCGACUGCGUAUGCAAGGACACAGCAGCCCUUUCCCAAGACCUUGCAUUUCUACAGUUGGGUUUUGAUUAAGUUAAUCUGUGCAUUCUGUUUGCCAUUGCUACCUUGUGUAAGUCUGUAUAUAUUGUAGAAAAUGUAUGGUGAAAAUAUUAAUACACUAUCUCUAGUGUUUUUUAAAUUUAAUCAGUACAGUACCUGUGCCUGCAUGGUGUUACUAGGCCAUGCGUCGCCCUAUAUUCAGGGUUCAAGCUUUCCCUUGUUUGUUUAAGGGGUUUAUGUACAAAUAUAUUUUAUGCCUUUUAUUACAAGUCCUGUACUCAUGACUUUUGCCAUGGCAUUUUGUUCUACUUAUACUGUAAAUUAUGCAUUAUAAAGAGUUUCAUUUAAAAAACAAAAACAAAAACAACUUGGUACAAUAAUUAUUGUAAUUAAGAGAUGUAGCCUUUAUUAAAAUUUUAUAUUUUUCAAAUUAA